CGUCGCCUACCGCCUCGCCCACGAGCACCGCCUCCCCGCCGCCUACGAUGACGCUGUCGACACCCUCCUCUUCCUCCGCGAUUUUGCGUGAUUUCGGGUGGUCUUGGGUGGUUUUUCCAGGUUAAACUUAGUUAACCAAAGAAAAAUCGGAAUCAAAGAUUGCGAGCUUGAAAAGCAUGCUAAUUAACCUAUAGUUUAAUUUAGAGCAAAAUGUUAUGAGAAGCUAAAGCAUCUUAAUAAUUUGUAUCCGAUAACCAACUUUAUGUUAAAUUCGAUUACUUUUUUUUAUGAAAGAGAUUGAGAGUAUCCCCUAGCAGGAAUAAUAUCUUGAUGAAAACCAUGCCUACUACGAGUUUAAAGUUCGCGGUUGAGAAUAUGACACUGUAAUUGGGUAUUCGUGCACAUUUAGACUUUUAACAGCUCACAGCUCACCUAAAGAACCAAGUCUGAUUUUAAGUAUAAACAAUAAAGAAGAUUAUCAGCCAGUUUCUUACAUAGUUUGAUUGAGUCAACGAGGUAGACAUUAAUUUUUAUACAAGUUUGUUAAAUGACAUUGCCAUCUAAUUUAUCAUGGGAAAAAAUGGAACUAGUUACAAAUAAGUUCAUAGAUAUAUGCAAAUGUGCAAAUAUUCCUCCAGAGUAGCAGGCUCCUAAUUAACGAAAUUUAUGUAAUUUAUGAUCAAAUUAAAGAUUGUUGAUCAAAUUAAAGUAUCGGGAAAGUAUCGGGGCUGACAUGAACUCACCUCAGUUCAACAUAGGCAAAGGAAGUGGAUAUAAGUUUUGGUGAAUUACAUUGUCAUUUCCAUGUCAUGAUUUAUUCCUAAUUUCUUAACCCAUCUUGUGGAAAUUAGAUUUAUAGGUGAAAUAACUAUUUUCCGAUUUUUCUGUAACUUGACACCAACUUGGCCAAUGGCACAAGUCUCUUGCAUUUCAAGAAGCAAAAGAUAUAAUCUUUCUUCUCUGAGUUAUUUGAUCUUGAGUUAUUUCACUCUCAUCAACUGGUUACCCUAUAGUACUAGUCUCUUUCACUAAGUCCUUAAUUAGUGAUUUGUGUAUAUAAAUUUGGAAAUAGGUCAAUAAACUUAGAUAAUAGAGGUCAUAUAUCACAUGGAAAAUUCUUCAAUAACGUGAACAGAGUCUAUUGUCAGUGGAUGAAUGAGCUAUCCAGUGGGAUGCCCCUUAAAUAACAUAUACUUCUCACUUGGUUUCUGAUUCGUGCAGUGAUUAUCUCCUGGUAUCACAAUUGCUACCGUUACCGCUAGGCAAAUUGCACACAAUGGUUAUGACAACUUUUGUAGCGAACUUAUAGCCUUUUUAUUGCAAACAAAAUAGUGUCAAUUUCUUUGUUGUUGCAUCUUCGAGUUCUGAAACCAAAUCCUUAACUUUGUAACUGCUCUGAAACCAAAUCCUUAACUUUUGUAACUGCUUCAAAAACUUGCAUUAGCUUUGUAUUAGUAUGUUAGGAGACUUAACGGAAUGUGUUGUUCUUCAAGUAUUUAGUAUCAUUUAUAUUUAUGUUGCACGCGAUGUUUAAUGUUGAGUUUUGGUUUGCAGUAUAUUUUGUUGUUAGCAAUGGUAUUCUAAAUCUAAUAAUAAUCCAUUUGAGAUACAAAAUCACAGGACAUGAAACUAAGACAAAUUUGGGAAAUGCAUGAUGGUUUGAAAUUCAAACCAAUAAAUGGCCAUCCAUUGACUUAAAUACCAAAGCAAAGGAUAAGUCGUUUUUGGCUAACUGUAUACAAUUUUAUUUUGAAUUCUGAAUUGGAAUCUCAGUGAGAGUUUGAAAUUCACAAUGGCUUCUGUUUGAUUAUAAAACUUACCGAGUUGGUAAUAUGAUUUUUCCUGCCUAAUUCUCGCUCUUACAUCAGCACCACAUCCAAAGUUGUCACGAAAGAAGGAAAACUUAAAAAACAAAAAAAAGAAAAAUGAUUAAUAUGCACUCUCGCUACAUUUUGGUGUAGUAUUUAUAAAUAUCUUUUAAAGCUUCUUACCAUUAGUUCAUUUAAUACUAGAAUAUGUUAUGUGAUACUUGAACGCAAAGAUGCGACUCAUAUGAUGUUUCUUCAUGAGUCUUUAACUUUAUAACUGUAACAGAAGAGCUAUGUGAAAAUGCUUGCUCUAUCUUUUGUAUAUGUCCUUUGUGCAUUCCACUGCUUAUAACUCCAUAUUUCAAUUUAUUUUAAGAAAAUUAAUGGUGAGUACUGCAUGCUUUGUCAUUGUCAGUAAGAAUGAUAUUCCUAUUUAUGAAGCUGAACUGGGGUCUGCAUUUAAAGUAUACUUUCUGUUCCUUGACUGAUCGUCUGCAUGGAAUUUCUUUUAUAUUUACUUUCAUUAUGUGGAAAAAAAUCUGUUUACACUCAAGUGUCUGAGAAUUUUUUUCAUUUACUCCUAUUAUUUUAAUUAGUCAUUUUGUUAUGAAAAAUUCAAAUGUAUAUUUUUGCUUAUUUUCCUUACAGUGGUGCUUAAGUGCGCUUUGAAUGAGCUAACAGAUUUUGCAACUUCAUCCCUUUGAUUUUCAUAAGCCAUUUAUGGCCUUGCUGUUGCAACUAGGAACCUGUUUUGUGCUUAUCAAUAUUGUACUGAUGUUAUCUGUUGUUAUGAGGAGUUGAAGAGCCUGCUCACACUAAUGAUCAUUUUCCUCUUUACCUUGUUCAUCAAAGCCGAUUCCCUAAGACUAUCAUUUCUGUUGGGUCCACAUUUUGUUUUCCCUUAUGUAUUUAUUAUUUUGACUUCUUGCACAAUUCUUCUCUGCUUGUAGUGUUUCACUUUUUUUCCUUGGAUUUUGUUGACAUAAAAAUGUUUAUUUGCCUUGUAAUAUUGACAGGACAUAACUAGAAAUGUGCUCAUUCUUCUGUAAGUAUUAAAUGUCUCUAGAAUAAAUAAAGCUUGAUAUACUUCUAAUGUCCAAAGAGUUUCUGAAUAUUGGUGGACCUCAAAUAGUUUUGAAGGCAAUUGACAGGUUCAAUGAUCUGGUGGUGUCCGUUUAUGUCACUGCUGGUCACACUAGAUUGAUGCUUCUUCAUGAUCUGCGUAAUGAGGAUCGAAUAAAAAGCUUCUUUGAAGAGGUUCAUGAACUUUAUAUAAAGGAUCAACGUCGUCUUGGUGCUCUAAUUUUGCCAACCCAGGAUGAAGUUGUAGCCUUGGCAAAAAAGUUGUCAAUUCUGAAUGGUGAUGCUGCUGAGCUCAGUAAAGGGAAGAUAUUGAGUCUGUUGUAUGAUGAAUUAAGAAGAUGGACGUUAGAUUGUUCGUUUCAAAUUGGACCAGUAUUGAUAGUAGAAGAACCAUUCACAGAUUGAUAAUGGUCUGAUGACUCCAACCAUGAAAAUAAGAAGAGACAAGGUUGCUGAGCGUUACAAAGAAUAGAUUGCGAACCUUUACAAGUAAAAGGUUAUAUGGAUGUUCUGCAAUGGGAGAUCUUUUACAUAGUGUAGAAGUAAGCUGAAUUAUUUGAUAUGAUUUGUGUCUAGUGAAAUAAGUCCUUGUGCAUCAUUUAACAUAUAAUGUUUCAGUGAUAGCUAGUGUAAUAUCUUUCCUCGAUAAAUCGAUAGAGACCUGGAUUGGGAUUGUAAGUGCAUAUUUGUAACAAUAAAAGUAAUGCAGACUUCAUGAGA